AGCAUUCUUCCCUGGCUGUUCUGGAUCAUUGCACAUCUUUCCUGUACACUCUUCUCAAUUUGUUUUUGUUUGUCCUUCUUUAGCUCGGCUGAGUAUUUGUUAUACAAAAUGCGCCACCACUCUUUGGUGUCUUCAACCCAAUCAAUGGACCAUGUUUCAUCCACUUUACAAAUUUCCGUAUGGUAUUUCUUAUUAA